AUGGCUUCUUCACGUUGUGGUUCCGUUUCUCUUCUUGUUUCUGUCUUUUUGGCCAUAACGACACUUGCAUUGGGUGGGAAUUUCUACGAAGAUUUUGACAAUCUCUUUGGAGAUGUAAGGGUUGACAUAAAAGAUGCAGGGCAAAGCAUGACCCUCACCAUGGAUCAAUAUUCUGGCUCAGGCAUAGUGUCCAAGAACGAAUACCUGUUUGGACGAUUCGACAUGCAAAUCAAGCUUGUACCAGGAAACUCUGCAGGAACUGUCACAGCCUUUUACCUAAGCUCUCAAGGAGAAAACCAUGAUGAGAUAGAUAUUGAGUUCUUGGGAAACUUGACUGGUGACCCUUAUCUGCUCUCAACCAAUAUAUAUGCUAAUGGUGUAGGGGGUCGUGAGAUGCAGUACUAUCUUUGGUUCGAUCCAACAGAGGACUUCCAUACUUAUUCCAUUGAUUGGAACCCUAAUCGCAUUAUAAUCUUGGUGGAUGACAUUCCCAUCAGAGUUAUGUUGAAUAGAGCAAGCAUUGGUGUGGCUUUCCCAACAAGCAGACCCAUGAGGCUUUACACAACUCUUUGGAAUGGAGACUCUUGGGCAACAAGAUGGGGAGCAGUGAAGCUGGAUUUGUCAAAUGCUCCAUUCGUGGCAAGCUUCAAAAAUUUCAAUGCUAAUGCUUGCGUUGCAAAUCAAGGUGGUGCAAGGUGCAAGCGUUUCAAUGGUGGAAAAAGCAGUAUUCUUGGUCAAGAGAGCAAGAAGAAAAUGCAAGGGGUUCUUUCAAAAUGGGUCGUCUAUGAUUACUGCCGUGAUUUAAGACGUUAUGCACAUGGUCUCCCAUAUGAAUGCCGCAAGGAGAAUCAAUUCGAUCAAUUUCAAUAG